AUGUAGGACUGAAACUCUUAGUCUAUGUAAUCAUUAUUGUCCUAUGUAUAUAGCAGGUCUCUGCUUUCACAAAACACACGCUCUACAUAUUGAAUCAAGCAACGAGAAGGUUUGCUAUCGAAGUUGAGUCAUGGGUUCUUUGACUUCGAGUUCUGCAGUUGCAGGAGAUCCGUGUUUUAUAGUUGGAAGAGCCCCGGUACCAUUUUCGGAUUCACCGCCGACUCAUUACACUCUAAAAAUAGAGUCAUUUUCCUUGCUAAAAAAUUGGCCGGAUGGAUUCGAGUCGGAGGAGUUCAAGGCUGGAGGAUACGAGUGGAAACUUGUGCUUUACCCGAAUGGAAACAAGGAGAAGAACGUGAAAGAUCACAUCUCAGUCUGCUUAAAAAUGGCCGGAGCAGAUUUACUUCAACCUGGUUGGGAAGUAUUUGUUGACUUUAGAUUGUUUUUGCUUGAUCAGAACAAGGGAAUCUACUUGGUCCUUAAGGACGAAAAUAUAAACAAGAUGUGCUUUCACGCGGCGAUGCUUGAUGCCAGUUUUGAUAGAGUUAUCCCCCUGGAAGCAUUUACCGAUCCUUCCAAUGGCUAUCUUGUUGGCGACACUUGUGUGUUUGGAGCGGAGGUCUUUGUUUGUAAGGAAAGGAGAAGAGGCAAAGAAGAGUGUAUCACACUCAACGCUCGUUUGACGUUCAAGCAUCCUUGGAGGAUUGAGAAAUUUUCCAAGUUAAAAUAUGAAUGGAUUGAGUCGAAACCAUUCAAUGCUGUUGGCAUGAAAUGGAAGUUAGUGCUCUAUCCCAAGGGACGUUUCGGUGGAAAGGGCAAUUAUGUUGCUCUUUACCUAGCAUUGGUUGAUCCAAAAUCACUAUCACCUGGCUCCAAAAUACUUACAGAGGUAACGUGUCGCAUUAUAAAUCACGAAGGGCAUGGAGACCAUUUUGUUCGCAAAGGCAAGCACCUGUUCAGUACCUCGGGUUCAUUUUGAGGUUGGACUUAUUUCAUGCCGCUGGAAUAUUUAAGCCGGGCAGACAGAUGUUAUUUGUUGAAGAAUACUUGCUCAAUGGAGGCAGAGGUCAUUGUCCAUGGAAUUGGUAAACAACUAUGUUAGAAAUGGCACAUUAUUUCUUAAUUUCUUUUGAGUUCUUUGCUGUUCUCUCCUGGUUGAAUUGUUUUUGAGUUCUUAGCUGUUCUUCAAGCUAUUUUUGAAUUGGCACAUUUUUUUUCUUAAUUUCUUUUGUCUUUGGGAAUUAAUGGUUCGAAAAUAACAAAUGCAAUAAAUCUUGAGAAAAUAAUGUCCUGAGUUUAUCAUUACUUCAA